AGUCAUGUCUCCAAGCCUCGCUUUAGUAUAGUUUCCCACUCGGAACAGCUUCUAGCAGUGUAAAAGGUGCAUAAAAUUCGCAAUAUAAAGAGCGCUAAACUCUCACAUUUUGUGUUUUUUUGGAACUAAUUUCCGUAGAAUCAAAGCCUGCAUUUUUUCUCGUCAAAAAAAGCCAACAGAACCGUUCCUCUGCCUACUUGAAAGUUUAAUUGUUCUGCAGAACCAUUGAAUAAUUAAAUAAGCGUAGUACAUUUGCACACAUUUACAGCACCCAUACUCUCGAGAAUAACAACGAAACAAACAUUAUUAAGCUGAUACCGAUUUCUCGUAUUUACAUGCAUCGAGACUGUGAAAAGCGGUUUUGAAUACAACAUUUAAGUACCGCUUUUGCCUUGUAAAACCGUGUCGUGAUGUCUUGCAGCAAUGGGCCUGGCUAUGCGUCCCCUUUGGAGGCCAUGGAAAAGGGACCAAUCGAAAAGCUGCUCUACGUCUGCUGUGUCCAGCCGGACCAAUCGAAUGGCAAAAGCGACCUUUUGGCUACAGUGGACGUCGAUCCAGAUUCCCCCACUUAUUGCCAAAUCAUCCACAGGUUGAGAACAGGAAGACCUGAUGAUGAACUGCAUCACAGUGGGUGGAACGUUUGCUCCAGCUGCCAUGGGGCUAAAGCGUGUGCUAAAAGGGACAAGCUGGUUUUGCCUGCCUUAUUGUCCAACCGCGUUUUCAUCGUAGAUACUGGAAAAAAUCCGAAAACGCCAUUCAUGUUCAAGGUGAUUGAAGCUUCCGAAGUGAACAAAGUCAACUGUACGGCUCUGCAUACUGCUCAUUGUUUGGCCGACGGGAAUAUUAUGAUAUCAGCAAUGGGAGACCUGGAAGGAAACCCGAAAAGCGAAUUCGUGCUGGUCGAUUCUAAAACUUUUACGGUUCAAGGUACAUGGGUUAAGGGCAAAGCAGCCCGAUUCAACUACGACUUUUGGUAUCAGCCCUACCACGAUGUGAUGAUCAGUACUGAAUGGGGCGCGCCCCGGAUCUGGAAACGGGGCUUUCACCCUGAUGAUGGCAACUCCCCGGACGCUUAUGGCAGAAACCUCAACUUCUACUCAUGGAGCAAAAGGGAGCUGAUCCAGACGAUUGAUUUGGGGGAGGACGGAGUCGCUCCAUUGGAGGUGCGGUUCCUCCAUGACCCGACGGAGAGCCAAGGAUUUGUUGGGACUGCAGUCGGUUCUUCGGUCUUCAGAUUCUACAAGCGAGAUGAUGGCAAAUGGGCGGCUGAAAGGGUCAUCAAAGUGCAGCCAAAGAAAGUGUCCGGAUGGUUUGCAGGCCCGAGAAUUGGCGGUUUGAUCAGCGAUAUCCUCAUCUCAUUGGACGAUCGCUUUCUCUAUUUCUCCAACUGGCUCCAUGGGGAUGUGCGCCAGUAUGAUAUAACUGAUCGCGCAAACCCGAAACUUACCGGCCAAGUUUUCCUUGGCGGUGCUGUUGUCAAAGGCUCAGCAGUAACAGUACUGGAAGAUCCAGAACUGGACGCCCAACCAGAGCCGGUGUUUAUUAAAGGGAAGCGCUUCUUUGGCGGGCCGCAAAUGCUUCAGCUCUCCUUGGAUGGGAAAAGAUUGUAUGUGAGCACUAGCCUCUUUUCCCCAUGGGACCGCCAGUUCUAUCCAGAAACCAUCAAAGAAGGUGGACGAAUUAUCAAGCUGGACAUCAACACUGCAGACGGAGGAAUGUCUUUGGACCGGAGUUUUUUGAUCGAUUUUUCCGAAGGAAUUGAUGGGCCGAUUCUCCCGCAUGAAAUGAGGUACCCUGGAGGAGAUUGCACGUCUGAUAUCUGGCUGGCACAGCAAUAAAUUAAAUUUUUGCUAUGUAAUUAUAUUCCAAUACAUUUAAUUUUUUAUUCCG